AUCCCAGUGUUGGCGAAUCAGACACCGACAAGGGCCUCCGGAGAAGUGGGCCGGGGCUCCUCACUCACUGAUAGGCGAGACAUUGACAAAGAACAGGAGCGAAUCAGACGGUGUAAAGGGCAUUAGAAGAGCAGGGUGUACAUUGGGAAUCUCAAGUCAGACAUCGAAUCAAGAUGUGGUAGAGUCACUUUUUCUGCAGGAGUUGAAUAUCUCCAACAUUUGAAUGUGGAAGGUGAAAUGUUUAUCUGUUCUGUCUGAGGGAAGAUGUACCAAACGGUAGUGUGGCUGGAAAAGCACCAAGACACACAACUGGAGUGUGUUUGCUAGUGAACUGACUGUAGAAAUAGCUUCAAUCAUUUACACAGAUUGAGUUUGUAAACAGUUGGAACAGUUACACCAUUGAACUGUUUGUGGAAAGAGCUUUAACCAAUUCUAUCAACUGAAAAGGAAAUUAUACUAUUGAAGUGUAGAGAGAUCUUACAUGGAUUGUGUGUGAACAAGACUUAAUCUGAUUGACGGUCUUUAAGAGAAGCAAGAACACCUCACCAUGGAAAAACCAUGGAAAUGUGGAGAUUGUGGGAAGAAAUUCAAAUACCCGUCCUGGCUGGAAGAUCAUCGACGCAGGCACACUGUUGAGACGUCGUUCCCCUGCUCAGUGUGUGGGAAGGGAUUCACUCGGUCAUCUACCCUGCAGAAACAUCAGCGAAUUCACACUGGAGAAAAGCCAUUCACCUGCACUCAGUGUGGAAAGAGUUUCAGGCAAUCGGACAACCUCAUUUCACACCAGCGAGUUCAUACUGGGGAGAGGCCUUUCUUGUGCUCAAACUGUGGGAAAACGUUUACUGGCUUAUCUCCCCUUAUUUCACACCAACGACUUCACACUGGAGAGAAGCCCUUCAUAUGCCCUGACUGUGGAAAGGGAUUUUCUCGGUCAGCCAACCUGUUGUCACAUCAGCGGGUUCACACUGAUGAAAAACCCUUCAUCUGCUCUCACUGUGGAAAGUGUUUCAGGCACUCAUCCAACCUCACUGCACACCAGCGAGUUCAUACCGGUGAGCGGCCAUUCGUUUGCUCCAAGUGUGAAAAAGCAUUCACUCAUUUGUCCAGCCUCAUUUCACACCAGCGGAUUCAUACUGGGGAGAAACCAUUCUCUUGCUCUGUGUGUGGGAAAGGAUUCACUCAGUCGGGCAACUUGGUUGUACACCAGGGAGUUCACACUGAGGAGAAACCAUUCACGUGCUCCAAGUGUGGAAAAGGAUUCACUCGAUCAGCCAGCCUCACCUUACACCAGCGAAUUCACAAAUGAUCACAUUUGCUUUCACUAUCAUCUAUCAGAUUCAGGGCUGAACAGUUUUGUUUUUGACAGUUGGGAUGAAGUUCUGCUUAUUUUAAUAAUCCCUAUGGCUGGGCUGGAGUGGAGUAUUCUGGACAGUGUUUCCAGGGCUGCAGGAUAUUUUGAGAACCAAUAUCACUCUUCUUUCCCCAUAAUUUAGGAAUUCUCAUCAGAACUUUAAUUUUGAACAAUUUCAUGAAUUUUUAAUUGAAUCUUAAUUUUUUUUUGUUGUGACCUCAAUAUUCCACUUACCAGUGUCUUGUACAACUGAGGCAUGAUCUUGUGGCUCUGAAACUCAACUCUCUACCAAUAAACGCCAACAAACCAUAUGCCUUCUUUACAACCUCAUCAACCUGGGUGGCAACUUUCAGUGAUUUAUGAACCUGGAUACCGAGAUAUCUCUGUUCA